CUUUUCACCGUUAUAUUUUAUUUUUUGGUGGACGCUCGUUUUUGAAGUGUUUAUCACGAAAUACUGUAAAGAAUACAGUUUAUUCCAGCGUCAGCGAUUUUUUUUUUUUUGCGUUCUUGUAAAUUAUCUAGAUAAAAAGGGGUGUUGAAAUGCUCUCUGAGGAGGCAGCACUAAUAUGAGCAGCAGGGACCUUUCGCUGUCACAGGGAGUCUGUUUUUGUUGAUACCGCCAGCAGCCGCUCACGAGGGAGACACUGAGAAAUUAAUGCGUAUUUAAACAGCAACACAACCGUGUUGGAAAUACACUGAAGAAAAAUGCGAGGCCUUGGACACUUUAUUGCACUUUUAUUUUUUCCCAUGGCAUUUUGUGUGGAUUUCCAUGUGGAACCAGGAUCCUAUAACGCGCACCGGGUGUAUGUGAAGUCUCCAGUAGCCGCCAGAAGUCUGAUCGGGACGGGAUCGGAUGCAGAUAUUUCGCGGAUUCACAGUCACAUCCAGAAAAGAAGCGUUGAUGAACCUGACUCCUGUAAUGGUUUAAAGGAAUAUGACACCAAGUUAACUAGCAACACACACAGCUGGACUUUUAAAGAUAUCAGUGGAUCCGUGUCUCUGGCCUGGGUGGGGGACGGAACUGGGGUAGUACUAGCCCUGACAACGUUUCAGGUGCCAUUAGUCUUCAUGCGAUUUGGUCAGUCAAAACUGUAUAGGAGUGAAAACUAUGGAAAGUCAUUUGAGGAUGUCACAGAACUCAUCAACAACACCUUCAUCAGCACUGACUUUGGGAUCGCUAUUGGUCCGGAAAACUCUGGCAAGGUGAUCCUCACAGGAGAUGCUUCUGGAGGCACUGGUGCCAGAAUUUUCCGUUCAAAAGACUUUGCCAAGAAUUUCAUCCACACAGAACUGCCCUUCCAACCUCUAAUGCAGAUAAUGUACAACCCUCAAAACUCUGAUGUGCUUGCAGUCAUCAGCACCAAGAAUGAUCUCUGGAUCUCUAAAGAUUUUGGUACAACAUGGACGAAAAUUCAUGAGAUGGUGUGUGUGGUGAAAUGGGGAAUGGAUACUCUAUUUUUCUCCGUCAGCCUUAAUGGAUCCUGCAUUGAUAAAGGAACGCUGGUGCUGAGGAAGUCAGUUGAUCUUAGUGUUAACUUUAAAACAGUCGCCGAGAGAAUUUACUCCUUUGGGAUUGGUGGACGCUUCCUGUUUGCUUCAGUUAUGGCUGGAUCAGGAAACAUCAUGCCGUCAGCAUCAGAGGACAUUUUACGUGCAAUACAUGUGUCGGUAGACCAAGGUGAGACAUGGAACAUGGCACAACUUCCUCCUGUCAGUCAUGAGCAGUUUUACUCAAUACUAGCAGCCAAUGAUGAAAUGGUCUUCAUGCAUGUGGAUGAACCAGGAGACGAAGGGUUUGGCACCAUCUACGUGUCAGAUGACAGAGGCACUGUGUAUUCCAAGUCUCUAGAACGCCAUCUGUAUACGACUCCAGGGGGUGAGACAGACUUCACGAAUAUCACUUCCCUAAGAGGAGUCUUCACUACCAGCGUGCUGAAUGAGGACAACUCGGUACAGACAGUAAUAACAUUUGAUCAGGGAGGUGAAUGGGUUCCUUUGAAAAAACCUGAGAACAGCAAGUGUGAUUCUACGGCCAAAGAUAAAGAAAUGUGUAGUCUGCAUAUUCAUGCCUCAUACAGCACCUCCAUGAAGCUGAACGUUCCCAUGCUGCCUCUGAGUGAACCCAAUGCUGUCGGACUCAUCUUGGCUCAUGGCAGCGUGGGUGACUCAAUCUCAAUGUUGACACCUGAUGUGUACGUGUCUGAUGAUGGAGGCUACACCUGGCAGCAGGCUCUGAAGGGGCCGCAUUACUAUGCUAUCCUGGAUUCAGGAGGACUGCUGGUGGCCGUCGAGCACAACGAGCAAAACCCAUCCAAACUCAUCUCUGAGAUUAAGUUCUCCACCGAUGAGGGGCAAUGCUGGCAUGUUUAUAAGUUCACCCAGACGCCGAUGUACUUCACAGGGCUGGCCUCGGAGCCUGGUGCCCGCUCAGUGAAUGUCAGUCUCUGGGGUUAUGAAGAUGCUUUGAUCAGCCACUGGGUAACUUACACCAUUGACUUUAGAGACCUGCUGACACGUAACUGCACAGAAGGUGAUUAUGUCCAGUGGCUGGCUCACUCUGAUGACAUCAGCGACCCGGAAGAUGGUUGCAUGCUGGGUUAUAAGGAAAAAUUCCUGCGUGUAAGAAAGGACUCUGUGUGUUGGAUUGGCAGGGAUUACAUAGUCAACAAGCAGCCCACACCAUGCAGUUGCACACUGGAUGACUUCCUGUGUGACUUUGGAUACUACCGUAAAGAGAACAGUUCAGAAUGUGUUGAGCAGGCUGAGCUCAAAGGCCACGAUCUUGAUAUCUGCAUCCACGGGAGAGAGGAACAGCUAAAGACCAGUGGGUACAGAAAAAUUCCAGGGGAUAAAUGUGAGGGAGGAAAACAACCAGGAAGAAAAGUGAUUGACCUGAGCAAGAGAUGUGUCAGCAACCUGCUGUCGGACCCUCAGCUGCUGACAGAAAAAUCUACCUCACACACCGCCCCUAUCAUUGCGAUCGUCAUAGCCGUCCUGCUGACCGGUGCAGUGUUUGGGGUUCUCUUUGUAAAGAAGUAUGUCUGUGGUGGAAGGUUCUUGGUACACAGAUACUCAGUCUUACAACAUAAUGCGGAAGCCAACGCCGUAGAUGAACCACUGGACACAGAUGUGGCUGGAGCACCUAAGAUUGAUUUCCAUGAUGACUCAGAUGAGGACCUACUGGAGUAAAGCUGUGCAUUAGGUGAGCACAAGGAGCUACAUUUCCUGUCAUUCAGGCAUUACUGCUGCGGUCUCUCCUCUCUCUAAAGCACAAACCAGCUGUCAGCUUUCUAAAACUUAAUCUACCAGCUAAUGUCACGUGCUUCCUUCUUCUUGACCAAUGGGAGGGAACCUGGUUGCUUGUCCACCAAUAGGAGGUUAUUCUGAUGAUAGAAUAGUCUUGUGAAUGUAACUGCUGAGAUUCUCUAAAGCAGAGAAAAAGUGUUUAUAAGCUGCUUGUGGACGUUUCAGUUCUUUCUUUUGAAAUUGGGGUCUUCUGGGAAGGAAUUUAAGGAUGCGACUGUCACUGGAGUACUUGUAAAAUACUUGCUUUUCUUUUGAUGUCCAGAUGCUCUUACGUCAGAACUAGAGGUAUAUUAUUAUUUCAGCAGGAAUUUCAUUCAGCAAAAAGAGACAAAUGAAUCAUAUCAUAUGCGAUGUUUAAAAUACUGUGCUACUGAACCCUGACUGUGUUCAUUACUAAAAUGUGAUCAUACCUGCUGUUAAAGCUGUAGUUCCUAUUUAGGAUGUCCACUUUACUGUAAAUAAGCAGCUGCAUUAAUGAAUAUAGCAAUAAAAUGCUGAGAAACAAGCAAUAGAUUUGACUUUACAAAAAGGGAGAAUAUAUUUAUAAUUUCAGAUUUAUGAACAUUAUUAAUUACCUGAAACUGUGUAGCUAGGCUGCGAGUUUGAUAAAGUGAGAUUGUUAUUUGAACAUAGAGAUGAUCUUCACAUUACACAUUUGUAAAUAAGCAACUGUCACACUUGACGGUUAGGUGCAAUUUUGUAAUAAAUAUUUUUAUGAGCCAAAUUAUGCAGAUGCAUGUAAAAUAGAACACAACUGUAGUUUCUGUACAGACUUGAACAUUUUGCCCAAAUCAAAUUUUGCAGUGAAAUAGUUUUCAACAUUUGUGUUUUUUCCAAUUCGCAUAAAGAUGGCUAAAACCUGACUAAGUGCUUGUGUGACAAACCAUUAGUCGCAAUAAUUUUGCAUGUGUUAAUUGUUUUCAUGUUUGUGCAGCAACUUCAGCGAGGUGAGGACAGACCCAGUGGUCUGAAGUCUUUGACCAUGUGAUUUGAUUUUGGGUAUUCAAAUGCAAUAGAACAAUUUAGAACCUUUCUAUUGGUACUUCCUGUUUGCAUAGAUGCUUGAUGUCUGAUGCAGUGAGGUUUUAUUUUAUUAAGUGUGUAUUGUGCUAUUUUAAAGGUUUCAAAUGUUGUUGUGGAGAUCUCCUACAAUAGGUUUACAUGCAUCCAAGGUUAAAAAUCCCCUAUUACCAUAUCUGAAUUUCAGCUCCGGAGGCUUUGUCAGUGCUUGAUACACAGUGAUAUGAACAUUAACAAUGGUGUCAGGUUUUUUUCUUAUCAAAUCCAGCGGUCUAAAGUCUUUAAAGAUGUGAUUUGAUUUCGGAUAUUCAAAUGCACUUGAACAGUUUAGCACCUUUCCAUUGUUACUUCCUGUUUGCAUAGAUACUUGAUGUCUGAUGCAUUGUUUUUUAUUGUGUAUUUAAAUAUAAUUUCUACGGUUAAUGUUGAGCCAUGUUUCAACAUCUCUAGGAGUUGUUUGCUUAUAUUCACAUACCUAAUAAAAAGUCUCUUAUUUUCUUAAAGACAAUCUCCUUUGCAAAAACUAUGAGUUAUAUAUGGUGUUGAUAGGUAUAAAAUCCCUAGUGUAUGUUUUGAUUCAAGUGCCUAGCAUGGAGGCAGAGCUUGUGCCUUCCAGUUAAAUAUAGAUUAAUUCAAAAAACGAAAACAAUCUCAUUUAUGAAGAAUUACCACAGUUCAUUAGAACAUGGUCUUUGACAAACUAUGAUAAAAUAUUUUGUGAGUAUAAAUUUUAUACAAUAAAAUAAAAACAAACAUGCCCCAUAAAUUAGUUAAUACUUGUCUUGCUAAAUUGGGUUGCUCUCCAUGCUUGGGAAUAAUAAAAAUAAUAAUAAUAGAUGCAAUGUAAAUGAAAUCUGAAGCUAAAUGAUUUCCAUUGUGGCUGAUUUUAUUUACAUGAGGUAAUGUCUUUCUUGCAGUGCAAAAUCAAUGUACAUAUUAGUUGUGAAGUUCUGUAUAUACAGCAAUUCUGACUUUGUAUCUGUUGUAUUUUUUGCUCUGUAUAUUUGGAACUGUUUGAUUGAGAAAUAAAUUGAUUUGCCCCACA